AUGUCGGUUAUCCAGAACGAAGAGCUGGUUGCAUACCAGCUGCGCUGCGGCUACCUUACAGAAAUCGCCGACGGGGUGGGUGAGCGACUGAUUACCCUCAAUGAGGGGUUCAUGAACUCAUCGGCUUUCAAGGCGGUCGCCUGGCAGGCGAAUCCUGACCUUGUCAAACGAUGCUACUCUCCCCCAAUACCAACCGCGAUUGCUUCCGAAUACUUCCAAGCACCGAGGCAGGCCGGAGUAACCCUUGAAGAUGAACCGGAUGAAGCUGGAAUGUUGACUGGUGGAGGUACCGAUACUAUCGGCCCAGGCCUGGCUAUAAGGAGAAGAAGACGUCGCGAAACGCUCGAAGACGAUGAUAGUAGUGAUCUCACCGACGAGAGCGACGAUGACGACGCAGGCCAGCGAGCGGCGCAGCAGAUCAAGUUCGCCAAGAUGCCCGUCCGCGCAAGGGCCGGAUCCAGCCCCAUUCAGUCGUCGCAGAUCAAGCAGUCGCCAGCCAUGUCGCCCCGCGCGGCCCACAGCGCUCGCCGGGGCUCUCAGUCUGCUCUCGAAAUGGUUAAAGAGAGGGCCCGGAGAGACACGGUCACGAGCAGCGAGGUAUCCUCCGAGAACGAGUUCGACGCCUCUGGUUUCCAUAAGCAGAGAGAGGCUGCGAGAGCCGCCGCCAAGUCUGUGAAGCUCCAGGCUAAGAUCAUGGAGGAGCCCGGCCUUGGUAUAAAGCGGGCUGGCACUGACUUGCUGCCGGAGGAGGAGGAGGACGAUUCCGAUGGGUCGGACAUGUCCGGUGCCUAUAUUGAGAGCAUCGACUCGGCCUCGAUCCUGGACGCCGUCGGGAACCCAGAACCAAUCCCUCACAAGCAAGUUGUCGGAACGCCGCCUCGCGAGUUUACGAGGACGUCUACUAUCCGCAAGUCACAGGCACCGCCCCGCAUCUUGCAGGCAUUGCCGCCGCCUCGUCCGAUGAGCACCAUCCGGCCCAUGAGCAUGAUCCAGCCCAAGAGUCUGCUGUCUGCAGCGCUCAGAGCAAGAAAGACCAAGCCCAAGGUGCCGUUUGAGAGCUUUGCAGCCCUCUCCGGCCAGGGCGAGAACAACCCCAUCGCCGUUCGGAUCUAUCCCGCCUUCUCUGAUAACCCCGCGAAACCGUUUGAAGUCCCUAUCCGGCGCAUGGUGCAUCACGGCGAAGGCGGCGAUCGGCCUGUGACAGUGGCGGACCUCAUCGGCCUCGCACUCUGGAGAUACAACGAGGAGAAACGGCAGCCGCCCAUCCCCGCCGAUAAAGCCAACAUCAACUGGUUUACCCUCAGAAUGGUCGAGGAGGACGGCGAAGUCGACGAUGACUUUCCGCCGUUUGAGCGGAACAAGGCGUUGACAUCCUUCACCACGGCAAACAACCGAGCUGCCGGGAGGAUGCGUGCCAACUCCAAGACGUUCGACAACUUUGGCCUGGUACAGGCAACUCAGUCCGAGUUCAACGAGAACCAGAGCAUCACACCGCAGGAAGAGGAAGAGGCGGCCGAAGAUGCCGACGAGGACUUGACGCCGCGCAACACGCCGCAGCCGAACCUGAACUCGUUCCUUCCCGUCGCCACAGAGCCUCGCCCCAACCCCGUCACGAAUACUACCUAUAGUCAACAGCAUAGUAUGUUCGCCGACGCACCUCAGGCGCCGGCGGCGGCGCCCAACACGAGCCGGGGUCAACAAAAGCUAUUGCGGGUGCAUCUUCACUCGACCGACGUGGCUCCGGGGCAGCUGGUCACGCUCGACACAACGACGGAAACGUACAUGGCCGAGGUCCUUGACAUGGUGUGUCGUAAGAGACAGUUGGACAAGGCCAAUCACGUUCUCAAGAUGCCCGGCGGGGGCCCUGUGAUCCUGCUCGACACCAAGGUCGCUGCAAUCGGCAGCUUGGCAGAUCUGGAGUUGCACCGGCGCCGCUUCGCCACGGACGGCCCACUUGCCAUGACCGGGUCGCCGAGCAGUGCCUCGCCGAAGCUUCUUCCCUUUGUAGACGGCCCGCCGGGCCGCAAAGCUAAGAAGCCGCAUAUCAUGGGAAGCCACCCGUUGGCUCAGGAGGCCAUCAAGCAGGCGGAGUUCACGAGCGCGUAUCACAAGUCGUGGGUGGUCUGGCGCCUGCGCACGGUGCGGAUGAUCACGCAGUCCGAGAAGCGGUUCGAGAUUGACGGGGAGUAUGUGCACAUCAAGCCAACGACGAGGGACUCAAAGACGACGACGGCGCACAUCUCUCAGGUGAUUGGAUGCAAGGUCUCGAGCAAGCAUCCGAACCAGUUCAAGCUUUUCAUAUACAAGGACACGGAGAGCAAGCGCUAUGAUUUCGAAGCGAAAUCAGUCGAAGAGGCUCACGAGAUCGUCAACGAGCUCAAGAAGGGGGUUGCUCAGGUUAUGGGCUGA